GCAGCCGCAGUGGGAGGGAGGGCCGCGUCUGUACUGCCUAGCAACGGCCGCCGUUGUGGCCUCAACUGUCUUCCUCACCCUGUUCACUUCCUCCACCUGAGUGCGCAGCCAUGGCCUGGGCUACAAGCAUCUUGAGAGCCAGCAGAAGAGUGAGUACAACCAGGGUAGAUUUCAAGGGCUUUGGCAUAGCUCUAUGGCCCAGUCAGGUGCAACGUGUCCCUCCCAACCGGGCCUGGUGGAGCCUCACGCCCACGUCCUCCAUGGCGACCGUGAAGGGUGAACUUAUCCAGCACAUCAGCUCCGAAGAGCCCGUUCUCCACAACAAGGUCUCCAUUGUAGGAACUGGAUCAGUCGGCAUGGCCUGUGCCAUCGGCAUCAUAGCGAAAGGCUUGACUGACGAGCUCGCCCUUGUUGAUAAUAAUGAAGAAAAAAUGAAGGGUGAGACGAUGGAUCUUCAGCACGGCAGUGUCUUCAUGAAAAUGCCAAAUAUUGUUUGCAGCAAGGAUUUCCGUGUCACUGCCAACUCUGAGGUAGUGAUUAUCACAGCGGGUGCACGCCAAGAGAAAAAUGAGACACGCCUGAAUUUAGUCCAGCGAAACGUAACCAUCUUUAAGGCAAUGGUUGCGGAAAUUAUCAAGCACAGCCCUCGCUGCAAAAUUAUUGUUGUCUCCAAUCCAGUGGAUAUCUUAACUUUCGUAACCUGGAAGUUGAGUGGGUUUCCCAAAAACCGUAUUAUUGGAAGCGGCUGUAACCUAGAUACAGCUCGCUUCCGUUACAUGCUCGGGCAGAGGCUUGGGAUCCACUCUGAAAGCUGCCACGGGUGGGUCCUUGGAGAGCAUGGAGAUUCAAGUGUCCCUGUGUGGAGUGGUGUGAACAUCGCCGGCGUGCCGCUGAGAGAGCUGAAUUCAGCUAUAGGAACAAGCAAAGACCCCGAGAAAUGGGGCGAUGUCCACAAAGAAGUCAUUGCCAGUGCCUAUAAUAUUAUCAAAAUGAAAGGUUAUACUUCCUGGGCCAUUGGCCUGUCUGUAACUGAUAUUGCAGAGAGUAUCCUGAAGAAUCUCAGGAAGACGCAUCCAGUUACCACCAAAAUCCAAGGUCUCUACGGAAUCAAAGAGGAGGUGUUCCUCAGCGUGCCUUGUAUCCUGGGAGAGAGUGGCAUAUCUGAUAUCAUAAAGGUAAAGCUGAGCCCUACAGAGGAGGCCCAGAUGGUAAAGAGCGCAGAGACUAUUUGGAAAAUCCAGAAAGAUAUUAAGUUUUAAGUCACCCUUCUAAAGAUACCGAAGACAGAAAACGCAGUGCACGGCCAAGUGUGGGGUGAAGCGGGGGUUCCGAAAGCUGGAGGGUCUCUUGUUUAGGUCUCCUGUUGUGUAGCAUCCAGAGGCUGGGUGACUUUGCUUUUUCACAGUUUCUGGGUGCCGGCAUUAAAGGUAUUCUUGGUGUUAGAA